GUACAAUAAAUAUCACCGAGAUGGACUGGAAUAUUAUAAACAAGAAGCUAAAGCUCCUGGGCUACGAUUUCCCAAACAGCUGCUUGGAAUCAUUCAAGACAAUCGUUCUCAAGCUGGAGGAGGAGCAAAUUAGGCUCUAUGAAAUUCCGCAGAGGGGAAAACUAAAGGCUUCCGAUCAAACGACGUGGAUGAAAGGCUUUCUAAACUACUGUCGAGACCUGGGCGUUGUCGUGGAAAAGGAGAUGCUUUCCGGCAAGGACCUAUCUCCUCAGGCAAAGAUGCAUCUGUUGAACAAGCUGCUCAAUAUCGCCAUCAAGGAAAAGUACCAGGACGCCAGUGAAGAAGGUCACAUUCACGAAUUCAGUCUGCCAGUAGAACAAGAGACAAAAUCAGAGACUAUCGCAUCCGCAGUUGCACAGAUCAACGAGAUUCUUGCAAAGUUGCAGGUUCCACCGUUGGAAGAAGAUGCGGGAGAAUCCGAGGCAAAACCGCAAACGACAUCUGAAGAUGAUAACGAGAGCAUAUACUCGCUCUGCCAAAUCGAUGGCUCGGCACACGACGCCAAUGUGGACAGGACUACUUUGCUACUCCGAUCGUUGUACACGCAUGACCUUCGCAAACUUCAGUCGGACAUCAUAUGGCUAACGAGGCGCUAUGGCAAAAUUGUCGGAGCGCAGGGCGCUUUGCUGGAAACCAAGUCGUAAUGCUCGAAAUUUAUCCGUAACCUGAAUAUAAUUCUCCCUUCUAAAUCCCUUUUCAG